ACAUUUACUAUAGUUUGUCAGCGAUCCGCCAUUAAACCAGAAGAAAAAGAACAGGAAGAAGCACAGGAAAGAAAAGGAGGACAUAAUAAUAACAAUAAACGGGGUCUCGCUUAUUACACCCACAACUCAAGAUGUCCGAUGAGUCCGCAGAGCUCGCUCGUGGGGACGCGCGGCACGAGGAGCCUGCGCGUGAACCUUUGCCGACGCCGCAGCUGCAGCAGACCGCCGCCUCCAGGUUUCUGCAGGUCGAACUGGAGCUGAACGCGCACCUGCGGCGGCUCGCCUUCAGCCUGCCCGUCCGGCACGUGUACAACCCGCUGGAGUACGCGUGGGACCCGCACCGCUGCUACGUGGACAAGUUCUGCCGGGCCGGACAAAGCGUCCUGUUCCUGGGGAUGAAUCCGGGACCUUUCGGCAUGGCGCAGACCGGGGUCCCCUUCGGUGAAGUGAGGUCAGUGGUUGAUUGGCUGAAGGUCACGGGGGAGGUCGGCCAUCCUCAUGACGAGCAUCCCAAGCGGAGGAUCACAGGACUCGCCUGCACUCAGAAAGAAGUGAGCGGAUCGCGUUUCUGGGGCUUCUUCAGGAAGUUGUGUGGUGAGCCCGAUCACUUCUUCAAGCACUGCUUUGUGCACAAUCUAUGCCCGCUCAUUUUCAUCAGUGCCAGUGGGAAGAACUUAACGCCCCCCGAGCUUCCUGCGGCUGAACGAGAAGCCCUCCUGGCCCUUUGCGACAUUGCACUGUGCCAGGCGGUGGAGGCACUGGGCGUUACCAUGGUGAUCGGGGUCGGAAGGGUGGCGGAGCAGCGGGCGAGGCGAGCUCUUUCGGCUGCAGGUGUCACGGUGCGGGUGGAGGGCAUCAUGCAUCCGUCACCCAGGAACCCGCUAGCCAAUAAGGGCUGGGAAGAGGUUGCCAAAGCCAAACUGUCAGAACUUGGUGUCUUGUCGUUGCUGAGCAACGUGUGAGCUCGUCCUCCGUCUCUUCUUGGGUGCCUUAUCCAUAGCAGCCACGAGUGCAUCUUACUCUGACAAAAGGGUCGCGACGUGAGGAGUUUCAGUAAAAGACAAUUGUGAUCAAAUGGCUCAAUGUACUGCUUAAAAAGUGCAGCCAGACAUUUCUCCUCUCAGCCCGGUCAGUGGCCAGCACGGUUGGACAACAUUUUCUUCCCCUUUUGAAGAUCUGUCCUUUUUGUGAUUGCUUGUCUUUAUGUGUAAGUGCACGCUGAGUACGGCACCAGGUUGCAGAAUUCAAACACUAAUGUUAGUAUAAUGGGCUUUGGAUAUAUUAUCAGCGUGUUAGUGAGGUAUCCUGAAGGUAAUGUCAUUCAUUAAAUUAAGGCUGACGUUUGGGGUAAAGCGCUUUGCCGAACUUAACAAUGGUCAUUAUAACUUUUCUUCAUACAUUUUAAGGUUCUGUUUCCAAAAAAUGCUCCAUCCAUAGAGAUGGAUUUCUCAGGAACUGCAGUAUUGUUCAUGCUGGAAUUUUGUACAAAACUAUUCUUUUGUAUAAAAAUUAAGUAUUUCUAAUUGUCAUUCAUUUGGAUGAUGUCUUUUAUUUGUUGAUGCUUACACAUUGAUUUUAUCCACAAUUUGAACAAUUAUGUGUAUUUCUACAAUCUGCACUGUUGCAGUUCAAAUAAACAACAAUGGCAAC